GCCGCCAUGGAUUCAUCCUUCCUCCAUUACUUCACUGAUUUUGCUCCGAUCCUCCUCCGUCCCACGCGCCAUUGUCACCGCCGAUGAUCGAGGUGGUUGUGUUCCCGUGGCUGGCUUUCGGUCACAUGCUCCCGUUCCUCGAGCUCUCCAAGCGCCUUGCCGCCCGUGGCCAUGCCAUCGCCUUCGUCUCAACGCCGCGGAACCUCGCCAGGCUCCCGCCCGUGCCGCCGCACCUUUCUUCUCGCCUCCGCUUCGUGUCGAUGCCGCUGCCGCGCGUCGACGGGCUGCCGGACGGCGCAGAGUCCACCGCCGACGUCCCACCGGAGAAAAUCGAGCUCCUCAAGAAGGCCAUGGACGGGCUCGCGGCACCCUUCGCCGCGUUCCUCGCCGGCGGAACGAAGCCUGACUGGAUCAUCCACGACUUCUGCCACCACUGGGUCCCGCCCAUCGCCGACGAACACAACGUGCCAUGCGCCGCGUUCAUGAUCGUCCAUGCCGCUUUCGUCGCCUUCCUGGGCCCGCGGUGGGCGAACGCCGAGUAUCCGCGCGCGGCCACGGAGGACUUCGCCGUCGCGCCCGGAUGGAUGGCGUCCCAGUCCACCGUCGCCUACCGCCGCCGUAGCGAGGCCGAGUGGGUCGCCGGCAUGUUCCGCGCCAACGCGUCCGGCGUGCCCGACAUUGAACGCGUGUGGGGCAUGUUCGAGCGCAGCCGUCUGAUCAUCUACCGCAGCUGCGACGAGGUCGAUCCCGGGAUGUUUGCGCUACUCACCGACCUCCUCCGCAAGCCCGCCGUCCCCGCCGGCGUCCUGCUGCCGCCGGUCGUCGCCGCCCACGACAGAGACGAGGUUCUCCGGUGGCUGGACGAGCAGCCUCGCAAGUCCGUCAUCUACGUGGCGUUAGGGAGCGAGGCGCCGCUCACGCGGAAGAACCUGCACGAGCUCGCGCACGGGCUGGAGCUCGCCGACGUGCGGUUCCUGUGGGCUCUGCGCAAGCCGGCCGGACUGUUCGACUCCGGCGGCAGCGCGGGCGACCGUGGGGUACUGCCCGACGGUUUCGAGGAGAGGACGCGGGCGCGCGGGCUGGUGUGCACGGGGUGGGUGCCGCAAGUGGCGGUGCUGGCGCAUGGCGCGACCGGCGCCUUCCUGACGCACUGCGGAUGGGGCUCCACCGUGGAGAGCUUCGCGUUCGGGCUCCCGCUGGUGAUGCUGCCGUUCAUCGUCGACCAGCCCCUCGUUGCGCGGGCCAUGGAGGAGAAGGGGAUCGGCGUGGAGGUGGCGAGAGACGACACCGACGGCUCGUUUGACAGGGACGCUGUCAGUGCGGCCGUGCGGCGCGUCAUGGUGGACGACGAAGGGAAAGUGUUGGCAAGCAACGCCAGGAAGCUGCAAGAGAUUCUUGCGGACGAGAUGGUCCAGGAGAGGUACAUCGAUGAUCUUGUCGAACACCUACGACGCUACUGAGGCGACGGCUGCCAGUGAGGCUUAUUCGUCCUGCUGACAAGGGCCUGUGUACAUCUAAACAACCCUUU